AAUUUAAUAAAAUGAAUAAUUUAAUAAAAUUGUUUUUUCUUUUAAUAAAUUUAAUGUCAAGUGAUGCCGGUUUACGUGAUAAAGCAAAACACAUAUACAUUGGAUCUGCACUCACGACUCGGGGUCUAUCAGACACAACAUAUACUAAACUGGCGACCGAACAGUUCAAUUGUGUCACACCUGAGAAUGAAAUGAAAUGGGAAUCUAUUGAAUCACAUAAGGAUCAGUAUACAUGGGAACCGGCAGAUCUAUUGGUCAAUUUGACACAACAUCAUGGCAUGAAAGUUCGUGGACAUACAUUGUUAUGGCACCGGGCGUUACCUAAUUAUGUCAAUCAAUUAAAGGGCAAYAAAAAACAACUUAAGAAAGUUGUCGACAAUCACAUAACUACAGAAGUAACACAUUUUAAAGGAAAAAUAUAUGCGUGGGAUGUGGUUAAUGAAGUUAUCAAUGAUGACGGAUCGGGUGAUAAACUAAGAAAAUCUAUAUUUAGGGACACUCUCGGACCAGAAUAUAUAGAGCAGGCCUACCAAACGGCACAUAAAGCUGAUCCUAACGCUAAGCUCUAUAUUAAUGAUUAUAGUAUUGAAGGAAUCAAUAAAAAGAGUAMCGCUUUGUAUGAUUUUGUCAAACAAUUAAAAAUAAAGGGAAUACCAAUACAUGGCAUAGGAUUUCAAUGUCACAUAGCUCUCGGACAGAUACCUAAAGAUAUGAAACAAAAUUUGCAACGAUUUGUCAAUUUAGGACUGGAAGUGGCCAUCACUGAACUGGACAUACGUAUCAAAUUACCGACCAGUGCUGCACAAAGGGAACAACAGGCAAAAGAUUAUGCAAAAGUGGUUAACAUAUGUGUGUCUGUUAAGGGUUGUGUUGGAGUGACAACCUGGGAGUUCAGCGAUAAUUACUCGUGGAUUCCUAAAUCGAUUUCAGGAUAUGGAGAUGCAUUGCCCUGGGAUGACAACUAUAAUGCUAAACCUGCAGUCAAAGCCAUUGAAAAUGCCUUAAAAUAA